AUGAAUAAGAAUCCUAAAUUUAUUUGGUAUCUAAAUAAUGGAAAGUAAAGAGCUUAAAACAAAUAUUAAGUUUUUUUAUAGAGCACUAAAAUUUAAAAUAGACAGAAGUAGCAAUAUUAAUUUUGGACACCUAAUUGA